AAAAAAAGUCAUGACAUGAUGGUUCGCUUGUGCGAUUGCAUGAAUGUGGCUUUGCAUUGUUUGUGCUAAUUUGUGAAUCCAUGCUGGACAGGGUCAUCACCUAACUUCCCUGGUGAAUUGGUGAAUGUGACCCUGGACAAUGGAAGUGGAGAUGGGAUAACUUUUAUCCCGCAGCCGCAGCCGCCGGGAUCUUUGCCGGGUCUCUUAGAGCAGCUUUUGGUGGGCUACGCGCCCUUAUCCGAGGGGUUGGCGGUUUAACCCCAGCCUCGCGGGCAUUUUCACCUUCACCUCCACCUCGACUUUCAGCCUCAUCUGCGUCUUCACCCUCACCACAAUCCCGCCAAAAUCCUCACCAUGGGCAUCCUCGGAAAGACCGUCUUCACCGCGCUGCUCGGCACCUCGACGGCCGCCGCGGUUCUCGCGGCCCGCAACCCCGUCAUCUCGCCGCUGCCCGCCAACGAUCCCAUCUGGUGGUCCAAGCCCUACAAGCAGCGCAACCCCAAUCGCAACCCGGCGACCCAGGAUGUGUGCAUCAAGCGCAUCCCGCUCGACAAGAUCCGCCCGGAGCUGCUGAAGAAGGACGGCGAUCUGACCGUCGAGUUCUGCCGUGGCCUGUGGAGCGGUCUGGGUUUCACCAUCCAGCAAAAGUACCUAGAGUACAAGUGGAGAAGCCCCGAGACUGAGGACCAGCUCUGGGACCAGGAGCAGCUCGCUGAGAGCACUUACGAUAAGGGCACCAAGUUCACCGACCACUUCGAGGUCGUCGAGAAGACCGCCCGGGACAUUACUGUCCGUUGCGGAGACUCGCCACGCAACCAAGGCCUGCGAGGCUCCGACGGCCUCUUCGUCAUCAGCACCAGCAUUGACCAGGUCCAUGGCGAGGUCGAGCUGAGGCUCAAGAGCUGUCUCUUCCACAGCGAAGGCAAAUUCCCCGGCAACAAGGGGCCGAUGCCCGGGUGGAUGGAGGAGAUGCACCAGUGGUAUGCGCGAAUCUGGUCCGAGACGGCGGCGCGCAAGCUGCUCAAGUAAGGCCGAGAGUCUACUGGUCCCCUUGCCACUAUGCACAUGUCGGGAACUGUACAUAGAGAAGAUGAUUUGCUCAGCAAUUGCUUUAAAUAAACUUUAUCUCAACUUCAAAUCC